CUUCAGGUCAGUACUCUACAGUACUCAAUUUGAGAUUUAUUUUCUUAAAACUGAAGUUGAAGCAACUUUGACACAAAUAAAUGUGGAGACUGAGUUAUUUGGUCAAUUGGUUAAUCAACACGUACAACAGAGACCAUUUGUUGCAACAUUGACACGAUUAUGUGAUGUACCGUGGUUUGCGUGGGAUAAUAUAAUCGAGUUAGUUGUCCACGGCCAAACAUUCUCGUGAUUCUGUUGGAUCCGUUGGGGUGGUCUUGUAGUUAUCUAAUUUUUCUUUCACGUUUCUCGCGUAGUGGGUAGUGCCCACCUCGCAGCCGUGAACUCUUUUUUCCGAAUUAUUUGGCGAUCUGGCGCUGAUUUCUUGGCGCGCCCACCAAAAAACUCUCGCGCUCCAGCGCACCUCGCACCAAAUCAGCUCCUAAACUAACUGCCAUCGUCUCCCGAUCCUCUUUGAAAACAAGCGUGUCCUCGUUCUCCAAACCAAUCUAGCUCGAGGGGUGCCUGGCGUCCCUCUGCUUCCACUCUGACGGGUGGUCAGGAGUUCCUCUGCUUCCUCUGCGAUGGCCGAUCAACCGGCACGCAGUGAUCACAGUGGGGCGCCACGGUAUCAUUCUCUUCUCCCUCCCCAUUCCUGUCUCUCAUCGUCAUCUGUCACACCCCCUUAAGUACCGUAUCAACUUUAAGGUGGUUUCACCCAUUUUUUGUACAACUUGCUUGGUGCUGCAGUAGGUAAUUUAUUUUCCAGGAAAUUAAAAUAUGGAGCUAUCAUAUGACUCUACUUUCUUUCUGAUUCACAACACUAUUAUAUAGUACACUACAUGAAAACUAUAGAAUUGUUUGAUUGAUGUUAUUGCCAAUGUAGGCCAAAUAUAGAAUUGUUUGAUUGAUGUUCUCGCUAUUACAAUAUGAUUAAUGUAUAUUACACUUUACAUUCAUGAUUAAAUCCAAUGCUUAUACUACACCUCCUGCUUCCAUAUAUAACUAAUGUAUAAAACCCAACCGGUUCAACAUUUUUGUAGCAAUGUAGAUGUCAACCGUAGUUGGAUGUACAAAGAGAGACAAGGGAAAUUGAUCAGUGAAGCUUGGCAACAUGGAGUAGAUAAUUUUCUAGAUCAUGCUUUCUCAUUGCCCGAUGCUGCUGUAGACGGGGAAUCCCAUUGUCCUUGCAGCAAGUGCUUUUGUCGUCAUAAGCGCACAAGGGAUGCCAUGACCAUACACUUGUGCAACAAUGGGUUCAUGUUAGGGUACGAGAGAUGGACUAGCCACGGGGAGUCUGUUGUACCUGAAAAUGUAGAACAUGAUAAUGUGGGGGAUGGAGAUAGAAUGAAUGACAUGCUAGUUGAUGCAAUAGUUGCUGAAGGAGUUUCUAAAGGUGAUGAGCCAACAAAAGCUGCCAAAAAAUUCUUUGAAAUGUUGAUGGAAGCUGACAAACCAUUGCAUGACAAGACCACACAAUCACAUCUAUCCAUUGUAGGAAGGCUAAUGACUAUUAAAACACAACACAACCUGUCAGAAGCUUGUUACAAUGAGAUGAUGUCUCUUAUACAUGACAUUGUUGGGGAUGAUGCUGCAAAAGAUCUCCCAGCAAACUUCCAUAGGUCCAAGAAGCUUGUGCAUAGUCUAGCAAUGCCUUAUGUCAAAAUUCAUGCAUGCCCCAAUAAUUGUAUGAUUUAUUAUAAAGAGAAUGAAAAUAAAGAAAAAUGCACUAUCUGUAAACAACCUAGAUAUGAGGCAACAACCGCAGGAAAUAAAUCUACGAAGAUACCAAGAAAAGUUCUGCGCUAUCUCCCAAUUACUCCCAGACUACAACGGUUGUACAUGUCACAAAGCACUGCCAAGCACAUGGACUAUCAUGCAAGGCCUCAUAACAGUGAUGAAGUAAUGCUUCACCCUUCUCACGGAGAAGCUGAGGAAGUAAGGAAUAUAAGGCUAUGUCUAGCGACUGAUGGCUUCACACCUUUUGGUAUUAAAGCAGCCUCCUACUCUUGUUGGCCAGUAUUUGUAGUACCUUAUAAUCUUCCACCGGAAAUGUGCAUGAAGCAGAGUAACCUGAUUCUUGCACUAGUUAUUCCUGGUCCAGAUCAUCCAGGAAAGAACCUAAACGUAUUUAUGCAGCCUCUAGUCAACGAACUUGAUGAUUUGUGGAGAAAUGGUGUAGAAACUUAUGAUAGUUAUCGAAAGCAAAAUUUCACCUUAAAGGCAGCUUUGCUUUGGACUAUUCAUGACUUUCCAGCUUAUGGAUUAGUAGCAUGUUGGAGCACUCAUGGAAAGCUUGCUUGCCCUAUAUGUGGAUCUGACAUAAAGACAUUCUCAUUAAAGAAUGGGAGAAAACCCUGCUGGUUCGACUGCCAUAGGAGAUUCCUUCCCACUGACCAUGCAUUUCGUAGGAGUGUGAAAUGUUUUCUCAAGAAAAAAACAGUUUUAAAUCGUCCACCAAAGCCCUUGUCUGGAGAAGAGGUGUAUGAAGAACUCCAAAGUCUUGUCCCUGAUGAAACUGGCAAGAGUAAAUUUGAGGGGUUUGGGAAGGAGCACAAUUGGAUCGCUAUAAGUGGUUUGUGGCAGCUAGAGUAUUUUCAAAAGUUGCUCCUUCGCCAUAACAUUGAUGUAAUGCACAAUGAGAAAAAUGUAUCUGAGGCUUUACUAAAUACAUGCCUUGAUAUUCCUGAGAAAACUAAGGAUAACAACAAAGCACGCCUUGAUGUUGCUUUGUAUUGUGAUCGACCAAAGCUACACCUGAACAAGAAUUCAAGGGGUGUGUGGAAGAAACCUAGAGCGAAAUAUUGUGUCAGCAAGGAAGAUAAAAUGACCAUCCUUAAGUGGUUUAAAGAAGUGAAGUUUUCUGAUGGGUUUGCUGCUAAUUUGAGUAAAACAGUCAACUUGAAUCAAAAAAAAUUCUUUGGGCUCAAAAGCCAUGACCACCACAUCAUCAUGGAGCGCCUCCUGCCAGUUGCCCUACGAGGUUUCAUCCCAGAACCUGAAUGGAAGGUCAUAGCAGAGUUAAGUUUUUUUUAUCGGCAAUUGUGUGCCAAAGAAAUUGUUCCAAAACGGAUGCGUGAACUUGAGGAGGAGGUUCCUGUUCUAUUAUGCAAGCUUGAGAAAAUGUUCCCACCAGGCUUCUUCAAUGUAAUGCAACACCUGAUUGUGCAUCUUCCAUAUGAGGCAAGGGUUGCCGGCCCUGUGGCAUAUCGUUGGAUGUAUGUUUUUGAGAGGGCAAUGCACUAUCUUCGUUUAAAAGUGCGAAACAAGGCAAGAGUGGAGGGUUCAAUCGUUGAAGCUUGUAUUGUGCAGGAGAUCACGAAUUGUGUUUCUCUUUACUUUAGAGAUCAUGUUCGUACUAUAUGGAAGAAGAAUCCUCGGUAUAAUAACGGAGGAACACGCGUGCAUAAUGAUGGUUGUACCUUAGAUGUGUUUCAGCAUGAAGGAAACCUGCAUGGAAGGCGUACUGCCCGAGAACUAUCGUGUGAAGAGUUGAAUGCAGCAAGGUUGUACAUUCUGACUAACUGCUCUGCUGUUGAUAGAUUUCGAGAAGCAUUUGAGGAUGAAAAAUAUGCGAGGCGUCCCAACUUGACAACAGAGGGCCUUGAGAAAAUGAUGGCAUCUGAAUUCGUGGAAUGGUUCGAGAUUGCUUGCAAAGAAGAUCCCAAUACUGAUGAGGACUUGUGGAAUUUAGCUAAUGGAUGCAGCUCUAGAGCCUAUUCCUAUAGCUCCUAUGAUGUGAAUGGCUUUCGCUUUAGAUCAGAGAUAUAUGAGAAGAAACGUAGAAGGUUGAAAACGGUGAACACAGGGGUUUGUUUGUCUUCCUUCAUCUCACAGACUGAACAUCUUGAGUAUUAUGGUGUCAUUGAGGAAAUUAUCAAAGUAUCCUUCACAGCUGGUAGAAAAAUUGAGAUGGUACUCUUCAAAUGUCGUUGGUUUGAUCCUAUCGAAGGUGUGAGGCCAAAUGCAAAAUUAGGUUUGGUGGAGAUAAAGUGGUCUUCAAGGCUGAGCAACUUUGAACCAUUUGCCAUGGCUCAUCAAGCUACACAAGCUUAUUACUUGCAGUAUGCAUCCUCCAGGAAAGAUCUUCGUGGUUGGAGGGUUGUGUACACUAUUCAGCCAUGUAGCAGCUUGAGUAACCUUGAUGACUACACAAAUGACCCAUCUACUACGGAUGAAUAUUUCCAGGAAGAUGGUCAGCUGGGUAUUUUUUCUGUAGAUGCUGAUCAAUUUGUUGAUGAAUCUGCCGAGUCAAGAAAGGAGGCAGAUGAUGUGGAGCUUGAUCCAUCUGAAAUUGAAAUAAUAGAAAAUCAAAAUAAUAAUGUUGAGGGAGAAGAUUCUGCAGAAGAUGAAUUAGAAGAUAGUACCGAUGAGGAAGAAGAAAAUUUACCAGAAGAGGAAGGACAAGAAGAGACAUAUGAGACCGAAGAUGAGGAUGAUGCAAUAGAGCAUGACUCCGAAUAUGAUGAUGAUGAUUACUGAACAUUUAUAGCUUUGCACUUGUGAUUUUGUUCCUUGGUACCAAUAAAUAUUAUAUAAUGGUGUGACCAGUGAAUAAUAUAGUAUGUUUAUUAUUGGUAGUAAUACAUAUUAUAUUGUGAUUUA